CGCAAGUGUGUGUGUGUUUGUAAUGCGCGAGUGUGUGUGAUAAGGAGGUGGGGGUGAGAGACCCCGUUGUGUUUUGACCCCCUAAACAACUCCCAGUCUCCAUCUCUCUCUCUCUCUCUGGUUUAAAGCUUCAUCGCUCAUUGUGGAGAGACGCAUUUGAGCCCAACGCGUCGCGGAUAGAGCGGAAAGAACGCGACAUCAUCUCAAACGCGCACGCUAAUGCUGGAUACUCGGCCCGGUCCACGCUUCUGCUGCUACAUUCUUAUUAAGAGAGUGUGUCUUAUCUGCCGCUCUGGUGUAUGUCAUCCGUCAGUGAGUGUGUGAGCUCGGCUUCCGUAUCGCAUGGAGAAGAGGUAUGAGGAGUUGGUGCACUACCCAGGCUCUGACGCCAUGCCUGUGGGAGACUACAUGAGGUCACUUCCUCUGCCACACUAUGGCCACACUGUGCCUGACUCCCUGAAACACCACCGGGACCAGAUCUACGGUCAUCCUCUGUUUCCACUCCUGGCUCUGGUAUUUGAGAAGUGUGAACUUGCCACCUGCUCACCACGAGACUCGAUGUCAAACUCCGCCCAUCUCCCCUGCAUGACCAAUCACAGUGACGUCUGCUCCUCUGAAUCGUUCAAUGAUGAUAUCGCGGCCUUUGCCAAACAAAUUCGAUCAGAGAAACCUAUCUUUUCAUCAAAUCCAGAACUGGACAAUCUGAUGAUCCAGGCCAUUCAAGUUCUAAGGUUUCAUCUAUUAGAGCUAGAAAAGGUUCAUGACCUCUGUGAUAAUUUCUGCAAUCGGUACAUCACGUGCCUUAAAGGCAAGAUGCCCACUGAUUUGGUGCUGGAGGACCGGGAGGGUGGAUCCAAAUCUGACAUGGAAGAUUUCACUGGCUCUUGCACCAAUCUGUCAGAACAAAAUCAGUCUUGGUUGCGAGAUCCGGAUGACUGUGUGUCGACCCCCUCGGGCACCCCCAGUGCCUCCUGUGGCCUCACCUCACACAGCGCAGAGAACUGCAGCGAUGCCGGUGAUGGGUUGGAUGGAAGUGUGGCAUCUCUCAGCACAGGAGAAGAAGAUGAAACAGAUAGAGACAGACGAAACAAGAAAAGAGGAAUCUUUCCCAAAGUUGCGACAAACAUUAUGAGAGCUUGGCUCUUCCAGCACCUGUCGCAUCCGUACCCGUCUGAAGAACAGAAGAAACAGCUCUCCCAAGACACGGGUCUCACUAUACUGCAGGUCAAUAACUGGUUUAUAAAUGCCAGACGCAGAAUAGUCCAGCCAAUGAUUGACCAUUCAAAUCGCUCAGGCCAGAGUGCUCCAUACAGUCCAGAGGGGGCGGCUCUAGGAGGAUAUGGGUUAGAUGUACAGUCUCACUUAGGUCUUAGGACAGCAAGACUUCAGGGAAUGCCGUCCCUGCCCACAGAUUACCCCGGGGCCCUUCUGCCCCAACCGGGAUACUCCCACGCUGGCCCAUCCUUGCACCCGUACCCCGGCCCCCACACUGCCAUGCUGCUCCAUCCUCCACCCCACAGCCACCCCGCUGAACAACUCAUAGGACAAGGCCUUGACAUCCAUGCCCACUAACUGAGAGCGGAGCAGGGAGGGUGCGCUGAAAAUGAGAUGGAAGGGUACAUUGUAAAUUGACUUUGCAGUACCACAGCCCAUCACUCUCACCAAACCUUCAGGGCAUCACCGCGGUCGACACAUAAUGACUCUGAGAAUGUCUUAAAUGCACUGACCUGGCAUCAUAAAUGUAUCAAAAUUAUGCACUCAGCUCCCAUGCAAUGCCCAUCUCAAAUGCCUGACAGACUUGUUACAUUCCUUAACCAUUUCUUGCUAUCUGAUCUCCUCAUGACAUGCUCUGAAUGCACUGUAUCUAUCUACUAGUUUUUAUGCACACUGCUGCAUUUGAUUAAUAUACCCAUGUCUUCCUAUGGCCUUAGGGGUGAGCUGAAGUCUCCCUUAAUCUAACAUUAAGGCCUUCAUUGCCUUUUCUUGCCUUGCCUCCGAAAACCCUCUUGAGGAGCACAAACGGAAAAACAGCAUAUACCUCCUCCGUCAGGACCCAACAGGUCAGAAAUUCCUGAAAUAGUCUUCUGAGAUGAAUAAUUGCACCAAAUCCUUACAACCUAACUGCUGAACAUGGUUAAUGAAAUGGAAGGGUGAAGCUCAUGAAACCAUGUCACGCUUCACCCCAAAAUCAAAAGACAUUUUGCACAAGAAACCUAUUAUUAGAAGAGAAUUAGGAAUCAUUUUGCAUUGCGAUCUCAUUUCUAUGAAUUGCAUUUUCCACAAAAAUCUCAUUGCUGUAAUGCAUCUG